GUCAGGUGUGAAGAAGUUGUGUACCUGUCAUCAUCCACCAAGAGGAAGACGGAGAACAGCGAAUGACCAUUUAACCAAAUUGGUCAGCAAAGCAACCACAAGCAGAUUUGAUCCUGCAUGUGGCUCAUCAUUCACUAGCUGCACUGUAUUGGCCCUGCUAAAUAAAUAAUCACAGACUGCCAUCUGUACACACACAAACCUUAUCAACAUCUCCUCCCCCCCCCCCUUUCCAACCAUUUUCUUUUCCUACUUCCACCCUUCACCCUUCAUCAUUUCUUCUAUUUCUCCACCUGUACAUCUUCACCUUGCCAUACUCUUCACCUUUCUUUUAACCUUCUGUCUCUCCCCCUGCCCCCCUCCUUCCUUCAGCAGCAUGUCUACACCAGUCUCUCCAUCUCCCUCUCUUUCCCCGCUGUCCCUGUCCUCUCCUUCUCCCUCCUCUUCUCCUUUGCCCUCUCCCCUCUCUCCUCCCCCCAGGCUUCCAGUCUUCCAGAGGAAAGGAGCACUCAAGCACAAGAGGAUUGUAGAAGUGAAAGACCAUCAGUUCACGGCCCGCUUCUUCAAACAGCCCACCUUCUGCAGCCACUGCACAGACUUUAUCUGGGGUAUAGGAAAGCAAGGGUUCCAAUGCCAAGUUUGCAGUUUUGUGGUGCACAAACGCUGUCAUGAGUUUGUCACUUUUACAUGUCCUGGAAGCAUCACUGCACCCAAAGCAGAGGAUCUGAAGAGUAAACACAAGUUUAAGAUUCACACCUACUCCAGUCCAACCUUCUGUGAUCACUGUGGUUCGCUGCUCUAUGGCCUCAUUCACCAGGGCAUGAGAUGCACCAGCUGUGAGAUGAACGUUCAUAAGCGAUGUGAGAACAGUGUACCCAGUCUAUGUGGGCAUGACCACACGGAGAAAAGAGGACGGAUCCACUUGAGUGUGCGUGGAGAGAAGGAGGACAUCUAUGUCACAGUACAUGAAGCAAGGAACCUGAUUCCCAUGGACCCCAACGGCUUGUCUGACCCCUAUGUAAAGCUCAAACUUAUUCCAGACCCCAAGAGCCACAGCAAACAGAAAACCAAGACGAUUCGUUCCACUCUAAACCCUGUUUGGAAUGAAAGUUUUGUCUUUUCAGUGAGAGGCAGGCAGUGGGACAGGCGCUUGUCAAUAGAGAUAUGGGACUGGGAUCGCACAUCUCGGAAUGACUUCAUGGGAGCUCUGUCCUUUGGAGUGAGUGAGAUAUUUCGUCGUCCUGUUAGCGGAUGGUUUAAACUACUCAACCAGGACGAGGGAGAGUACUACAAUAUCCCAGUACCUGAUCCAGACUUACAGGAGCCAGACUCUGCUGUCUCUCCCUCUCUUCCUCCUGCUCCUGUUACUGUUCCCACACCUGUGCCUGCUGUCACCCCACCUGUUGUGAGUCCUGCACCCUCCAGCUUACCAGUGGGGAAGGGCCGAGUUGGACUCCAUGACUUCAACUUCCUUAUGGUGCUAGGGAAGGGCAGCUUUGGCAAGGUGAUGCUAGCCGAGGAACGAGGUAGUGACCGCUUGUUUGCCGUGAAGGUGCUGAAGAAAGAUGUGCUGUUUCAGGACGAGGACACGGAGAGCGCCAUGGUGGAGCGGAGAGUUCUGGGACUGAGUGCCCGUCCUCACUUCCUCACGUCUCUCUUUUGUGCUUUCCAGACUGAGGACCGUCUGUACUAUGUAAUGGAAUAUGUGAAUGGUGGAGAUCUCAUGUUUCAUAUACAGAUUGUUGGAAAAUUUAAAGAGCCCCAUGCUGCAUUCUAUGCGGCAGAGAUAGCUGUGGGCCUCUUCUUCCUGCACAGCAAAGGCAUUAUCUAUAGAGAUCUCAAACUGGAUAAUGUGCUGUUAGACAGCGAGGGCCAUAUAAAGAUUGCUGAUUUUGGGAUGUGCAGGGAAGGCAUGAUGGAGGGAGACACCACACGGACAUUCUGUGGCACUCCGGAUUACAUUGCUCCUGAGAUUGUAGCAUAUCAGCCAUACAGUAAAGCAGUAGACUGGUGGUCAUAUGGGGUUCUCCUUUAUGAGAUGCUGGCUGGCCAGCCUCCAUUUGAUGGGAUCGAUGAAGAGGAAUUGUUUCAGUCCAUCAUGGAGCAAAGUGUAUCGUAUCCCAAGACUCUGUCUCGUGAGGCUGUUGCCAUUUGCAAAGGGCUUUUGACCAAGAAUCCAGCGAAGCGUCUUGGUGGGGGAGAGGAUGCAGAGAGAGAAAUACGUGAGCAUCCUUUCUUCCGUUGGAUAGACUGGGACAGACUGGAGAGACUUGAGAUUCAGCCACCGUUCAAGCCCAGGCCUGGAGGGAAAAAAGGAGAAAAUUUUGACAAGUUUUUCACAGCUGCCUCUGCAGCACUGACUCCGUCUGAUCCAGAUGUACUUGCAGCCAUCAAUCAGGAAGAUUUCCAGGGCUUUACCUACAUAAACUCUGAUUUCCCAAGCACCCCUCUCACUGCUGUCUGAGAUCACACAGCACAAACAAACAAUGCGCCAAUUCAAACUAACAGCUAUUUAUGGUUUUCCUACAUCCCCAAAAAUCUCUCUUCUACAAAAGUUAUGAAUUGUGCAGUGUUUUCCAGUGAGUAUUAUUAUUCAAAACAGAUAUUUUACCAACACGCUAGCAUACAGUAAAGUGGCCAGUGUUACAUCAUCUGGACCUGUACAGAUUCCCUCUUUAGAAAACUAGAUCUAAACAUCACAUAUAAGCAUAUCUCAGGUUCUCUCAGUGAGAACUCAACAAAAAGAAAGGAAAUUCAUGUGUCUGAUGAACUCUCUAGACUGUACUCUCCACACAGGCCCUCUAGUGGCAUAGAUGCAUAAUCUAUUCAAAGAGCACAUACAGAAGUGAUUAUAUUAUCAGAUUGCAUGAUAAAGAGCUUUACUGUAUCAUCACACUCUUCAGUGCUGUUUGCAGUUCUUUCUAGAUCCCAAACCAGCUUUUAGGAUGUUACAAAACAUAAUAGUCUUAUUUUUGAUACUGGGACCACACAGCCCAUCACAGUACUCACCCGAAAUACAAGGAAAUCAUUGACCUCUUCUUAUUAGCUCAUUACUUAUUCAGUAGUUUGUCACCAAGCGUAAUUGGUCCCGUGAGCUUAUGGGAUUAAAUACAUGUCAUUUUUAUUUGGUUGCUCAUUGUUUAUAGCUGGUGUGGUGCCUUAUUAUAUAUCUUAUAUUCCUCUACACUUCCAUCAUCACUUUAGUUUCCUGUUCUUCCGAAUGGGACUCAUUUAUCAAGCUGAAUAUGAAUGGAUUCAUUUUGUAAAUUGUUCAUAUAAGCAUUUACAAACAAAUCUCAUGCUCUUGAGUGGGUGUAAAUUUAUACAUAACUACACUCAGAAAUAUUAACCUCGAUCGGUCAGCUUCAAAUCUUAUCAUUUGCAACAGCUUGCUGUAUUUUUAUAUACACAGAUUAAAUGUAUAAAUAUAUGAUAGUGUAAAUAUAGAUAUAGCAAGUUAAAAUCCAUUUUAAAACAAAUAAAUCCAGUUGUUUAGUUAAGGUGAAAUUCUGCUAUAUGAAAGGAAGAUGCACUGGUGGUUGCUGUGUUGCAAAUGGCAGAGUUAUUAUAUUAACUUUUUAUUUAUAUUAUGUUUGGUUUGAGCUUCCAGUACCAUAGGGCAUCACACAAGCUAUUCUCCAUGAUCCAGCCUUCAUGAUUUCCUGUCAUUAGAGUGAAGCAUGUCUUAAUUAAUUUCCUAGAAAGCUGAAUUUUUACCAUGCUACCCCUUCUUAAAUCUUAAAUCCACCCAGUGAAACAUUGUUGUACAAAAAUAUAUCUCUGAGCACAGAGAUUAAAAAUCUAAUGAAAUACUGAAUAAUGUUAUAUGUGGAAAUUAUUUCUCACAGCAACUGGAAAUCCAUGGGAAUUUCUUCUCUAGGUCACUAGUUAAGUUAAAGUCAGUUAAUAGCUAAUAUUUCAUGUUCAUGUGGAAAAUACUAGUUACAGAUCUUCAUGGUGUGUUGAUGUCUGAAGCUGAUGACUUCCUUUUCUUUCACAGUAGUUUAGAAAAAGAACUUCUCAGCUCAUUGUAUACUGACAGCCUCACUUCGUCAUAUAUGAUAAGAAGGUAUCAAAUGCAUUGUGGUGUGAAAAUAUACAAAAUGCCUAUUGAUGAUCCACUUGUUUGUAAUCUUUAGAUAAUUUCUGUCAUGCAAGCAAAUAUAUGUGUAUGACUGCAUGGAUUAAAGUGUAUAUGCUUAACGAAUCUCUGUAUGCAGGACAAAUAUUAAAAUACAG